UGGGUGCCUUCUAUAUAUACUUCUCCUGGCAUGUACCUGGUCAAUCAUCCCGUACACCUUGGAACUCAGUUGGCACUCUACAUCCUAGUAGCAGGCAUUCUUUGCAUAUACAUCAACUACGACUGUGAUAGGCAAAGGCAAGAGUUUCGCAGAACAAAUGGCAAAGCUUUGGUUUGGGGUAAAGCUCCAUCAAAGAUAACUGCCACUUACACUACCACAACUGGGGAAACAAAAAGCAGCAUUCUUUUAACUUCGGGAUGCUUUCAUUCAUAACCACUAUGUCCCAGAAAUAUUAGCUGCAUUUUU